AUGAGGCUGAAGAAUGAAAAGUGGGGUGAUGCCAAGUGUGUCGACAAGUCCAGCAAUGCCGAUGAAGACAUCUACAUGGGGAACUGCCACAGCGGCUCGAACCAGCAGUUCAACUUCAAGGUGGCAAGGCGGUUCAAGACCAGGUACUUCUCCACCAAGUGUCUUGAGUGGACCUCGAGCAGCGACAACAUCGCCCUGGCCGACUGCGAUUCCAACAAGGACACGCAGCUCUUCUACUUCGACGGCCCGCAGUUGAAGUCGCAGGCGAACACCAGCAAAUGCCUGCACAGGGACAGCAGGAACCUGAAGAUGGCCAACUGCCAAGACUCCUCCCACCAGAAGUUUGUCUGGGACGGGGAGAAGCUGAAGGUGCAAGGCACGAACGACUGCGUCGAUGCCCACAAGGAGAACUCGAACGUCUACCUGGCGGGUUGCCAUGGCAAAGACAACCAAAAGUGGUACUUCGACCAGCCCGUUUACAAGGGCAAAUCCCUCCGCGCGGCUGGGAAAUGUUUGGAGAUUGCGAGCGACCGCCAAGCACACUGGAAGACGUGUACUGAUGCUGCCAACCAGCGCUUCUACUUUUCGGGCGAAGCGCUGAAGGUUGAAUCCCUCUAUGGGUGUCUGGACUCCUUCAAGAAUAUCGUGAAAGUCCACACUGUUUGCAACGGCCACUCGAAUCAGAGAUGGUAUUGGACUGGCCAGAUUUUGAAGAGCAAGAAGCACCACAACUGCUUGGAUGUCUGGCCGAACAACAACAGUGCCUUCAUGGGCAGCUGCCCCGGGAAGAACACUCAGAAGUUCACCCGCAACCCCGUGCUCGGCGCGCAGCUCACGGUGGGGGGAGGCAAGUGCAUGGGCCGAGCAAGCAACAACGUGGUAGCUGUCGGCUGCGAUGCUGAUGCGCGACAGAUGUGGUACUUCAGCGGGGAGCAGUUAAAGAACCAGCACGAUGGCAAGUGUUUGGACCUCAAUGGCGGAUCGGGGAACCUGGAUGUCGGCAAUUGCGUGAGCGGGCGGAAAGACCAGCAGUUCUAUUUCUCGGGCAAGAGCUUGCGCGACAGGCAUUGGGGAAGAUGCUUGGAGUACAACGUGAACACUGGCAAUGUCUUCAGCGGGACCUGCCCGGAUCAGAAAACUCACAUGUGGGUGCUCGAUUCACAGGUGGCGCUGAAGAAGACGCCGCUGCCGGCGACCUUCCUGCACGGACAGAGCCUGGUGGCCACGUGCUGGUCCGAGCGCUUCACGGCCGGCACACUGAACGCCGACCAUUCAAGGACGAUGUCUUGCGUGGCAGGGGCGUGGAUCAACUCCUGGAACACGCCAGGCCUGCAAGGAUUCACGUGCACCGCUUGCGUCCAGGCAGUCUCCAAGGUCUAUGCAGAUCUCGAUUCCCAGAUUCGCCAGGACGACAAGUGA